AUGGUCCAUGGCUGGUUAUUUUGCAAGUUAGCCUAGCUUUGUUCAUACUGUACAGGAAUUUGGGGCUUGCUUCUAUAGCAACUCUGAUUGCCACUGUAGUUGUAAUGUUGCUGAAUUUUCCUUUGGGAAGAUUGCAAGAGGGAUAUCAGGACAAGCUGAUGAAGUCCAAAGACAAAAGAAUGAAGGCAACGUCUGAGAUUUUGAGGAACAUGAGAAUUCUGAAGCUGCAGGCUUGGGAGAUGAAGUUCCUGUCCAAGAUUAUUGAGCUGCGGAAGACAGAGGCAGGAUGGUUGAAACGAUAUGUUUACUCUUAAGCUUUGAUUAGUUUUGUCUUCUGGGGUGCCCCUACUUUUGUCUCUGUCAUCACCUUUGGUACCUGCAUGCUUAUGGGCAUCCCAUUGGAGUCUGGGAAAAUCCUAUCAGCUCUAGCAACCUUCAGGGUUCUUCAGGAACCCAUCUACAAUCUUCCUGACACCAUUUCAAUGUUGGUUCAGAUGAAGGUUUCGGUUGACAGGAUUGUAGCUUUCUUGCGUCUCGAUGAUCUGCCAGAUGAUGUUGUGAAGAGGCUUCCAAGAGAGGCUUCUGAUACUGCUAUUGAGAUUGUUGAUGGAAGUUUCUCUUGGGAUUCAUCUUCACCAAACCCCACUUUGAGAGAUGUGAACCUGAAGGUGGACCGUGGGAUGCAGGUUGCAGUUUGUGGUACUGUUGGUUCAGGCAAAUCAAGUUUGCUCUCCUGCAUUCUGGGAGAGGUACCAAAGAUAUCCGGCACCAUCGGGCUGUGUGGGACGUACAAGGGCUUAUGUUUCUCAGUCACCUUGGAUACAGAGUGGCAAGAUUCAGGACAACAUUUUGUUUGGCCAAGAUAUGGACAAAGAAAAGUACGACCGAGUACUGGAAGCUUGUGCACUGAAGAAGGACCUGGAGCUCUUUUCAUUUGGUGAUCAAACAGGGAUUGGUGAGAGAGGUAUCAAUCUGAGUGGAGGACAGAAGCAGAGAAUUCAGAUUGCUCGUGCCCUCUACCAAGAUGCCGACAUCUACUUGUUUGAUGAUCCUUUCAGUGCUGUGGAUGCUCAUUUGUUUAAGAUUGCAACAGGAAGUCUUGCUGGGACAUUUGAGUUCCAAAACUGUGGUGUAUGUCACACAUCAAGUUGAAUUCUUACCCGUUGCAGAUCUAAUUUUGGUAUUGAAAGAUGGAAGGAUAACUCAGGCUGGAAAGUAGAGUGACAUUCUGAACUCAGGAUCAGAUUUUAUGGAGCUUGUUGGUGCACAUAAGGCCGCUUUGUCUGCGAUAGAUUCCAAAGCUUCGGAAUCUGAGAAUGGAAGCACUGUCAGUAAAGAAAAUGGCGACAUGAGCAACAGCAACGGGAUUGAGCAGAAAGAUGGAGACAAGGUAUUGCAAAAUGGUAAAGAAGAAGAGACAGGCGGGCCACAGGGUCAGCUUGUUCAAGAAGAAGAGAGGGAGAAAGGAAGAGUUGGAUUUUCAGUCUACUGGCAGUAUCUCACCACAGCAUAUGGAGGAGCUCUUGCACCACUGGCAGUGCUUGCACAUUCCAUGUUUCAAAUCCUACAGAUUGGCAGCAACUAUUGGAUGGCUUGGGCAACACCAGUGUCAGCGGAUGAGGAGCCUCCUGUUCCUCCAAUGACACUGAUAGCUGUAUACGUAGUUUUGGCUGUUGCAAGCUCUCUGUGCAUCCUAGGAAGAUCCACAAUCCUUGCAGCCAUAGCUUACAAAACCGCAACCCUGCUCUUCAACAAGAUGCAUAUGUCCAUUUUCCGCGCUCCCAUGUCAUUUUUCGACUCAACGCCUAGUGGCAGGAUACUCAAUCGAGCUUCCACUGACCAAAGUGCUGUGGAUCAGCAAAUUCCUUACCAACUUGGCGCAACUGCCUUCUCCAUAAUACAACUUCUGGGAAUCAUUGCAGUGAUGUCUCAAGUGGCAUGGCAAGUUUUUAUCGUAUUUAUUCCUGUUAUUGCUAUCAGCAUCUGGUAUCAGCAAUACUACAUACCAGCAGCUAGAGAACUCUCACGGCUUAUUGGAGUGUGCAAAGCUCCAGUGAUCCAACAUUUUGCUGAAACAAUUUCAGGCACAAGCACCAUAAGGAGCUUUGAUCAACAACCAAGAUUCAAAGAGACCUCUAUGAAACUUACAGAUGCAUAUUCCCGCCCCAAGUUUCAUACUGCUGGAGCAAUGGAAUGGCUUUGUGUUCGCUUGGACUUUUUCUCUUCUAUAACAUUUGCCUUCUCUUUGUUUUUCUUGAUCUCUUUCCCUGGAAUAGAUCCAUCCCUUGCUGGCUUAGCGGUGACAUAUGGACUCAAUCUAAACAUGAUUCAAGCUUGGGUGAUAUGGAAUAUCUGUAAUCUGGAGAACAAAAUCAUAUCAGUAGAGAGAAUCCUUCACUACAUUUCUAUUCCAAGCGAGCCUCCUCUUGUAAUAGAAGAGAGCAAACCCGACCCUUCUUGGCCGUCACAUGGAGAAGUUGUGAUUGAUGGGCUGCAGGUUCGAUAUGCUCCACAUUUGCCACUUGUGUUGAGAGGUCUUACCUGCACAUUUCAAGGAGGAAAGAAAACAGGAAUUGUGGGCAGAACGGGCAGUGGUAAAUCAACCCUUAUACAGACACUUUUCAGGAUUGUGGAUCCAACAGCUGGGAGGAUCACCAUCGAUGGCGUCGACAUCUCAUCAAUUGGACUCCACGAUUUGCGGUCAAGGCUCAGCAUUAUACCUCAAGAUCCAACCAUGUUUGAAGGGACUGUAAGAAGCAACCUGGACCCUCUUGAGGAAUAUUCUGAUGCGCAGAUUUGGGAGGCUCUGGAUAAGUGCCAACUUGGAGAUGAAGUUAGGAAGAAGGAGAAAAGGCUGGAUUCUGCAGUUACUGAGAAUGGAGAGAACUGGAGUAUGGGGCAGAGACAGUUAGUAUGUCUUGGCCGUGUUCUGUUGAAAAAGAGCAAAGUGUUGGUUCUGGAUGAAGCUACUGCCUCAGUAGAUACAGCCACUGAUAAUCUGAUUCAGCAAACACUUAGACAAACACUUCUUCGAUUGCACAGUUAUCACCAUUGCCCAUCGAAUAACAUCCGUUCUUGAUAGUGACAUGGUUCUUCUGCUCAGCCACGGCUUGAUUGAGGAAUAUGAUACACCAGCAAGAUUGUUGGAGAACAAGUCAUCCUCGUUUGCUUAACUUGUAGCGGAGUACAGUGAGAGGUCGAAAGAACAGUAAACAUAACAUUCUUCAAAGCCAUAUUAGCUAAAGAUUCCUGAAUUUCCUUCUUCUUUCCUAAAGUAUUAGAGACGAUCAAAAUAUCAGGGAA